ACUUCAGAGUAAACGUUAACCCGACCCGGAGACGUAAUCGUCUUCAACCUGACCAGGCCAAUUGAUAACAUUCUUUCUGCAUCGCACCAGAUAGCGCCCAAGUGUCACAGCACACACCACCUGACCAUUGAAGCUUCGUAAAAGCGUACUUAACGAGACUAUGGGAGUGCAACACGAUGGAUCUCCGAGUCGAUCCGAGGUGCAGACCACAAAAGUACCUACGCUAGGGGCUCGGGCUAUCGGACGUUCAGAAUCAUAUGUGGGAUGAUAUUUACCACAUGUGUCUCAAUACCCACACUCCUCGUUAAACUGCCAACCACUUGCUUUCUCCCACCAUGGUACAAUACUACGACCACAUUCCAGACAACCUUGCUGAAUGGAUCAAUAAACAACACAUGUUCUGGACUGCCUCUGCUCCCCUAAACCCAACUGGCCAUGUCAAUCUCUCUCCAAAAUCUAUGCCAGGCUCAUUUCAAAUCCUCAAUCAAAAUAAAGUCUUCUACGAAGAUAUCACCGGCAGUGGUAUCGAGACUAUUUCCCACCUUCGAGAAAAUGGUAGGAUUACUAUCAUGUUCAACGCCUUCGAAGGUCCACCUAGAAUACUGAGAAUAUUCGGUACCGGUCACGUACAUGAGUAUGGCUCUCUAGAAUACGACGAGCUAAUACCCCCAGAAACUCGCAAGCCUGGUUCUCGAGCCGCAAUAGUAGUAGAUGUUUAUCAAGUGACAACGUCAUGUGGUUAUGCAGUACCCAAUUACAAAUUCGAGUCACACCGGGACCAACUGACUCGUUGGUGUGAUUCACUGGAGCUCUUUGACCGAAAGUCUGUUGAGGAGGGGUCUACCGAAAUAAACAGCAAAGGCUUGAAAGCCUAUUGGAUAAAAAACAAUCUACAGAGUUUGGAUGGCGUACCGGGCCUUCAUAGUGCCCACGAAAAUCAGAGAGUACCAUGGAGCUUGUAUGACAGAAAUGCUCAACCAAAGGAGGUGGAGGAUGGUCAGGCUAACGAAGGUGCCAAUGGCCGCGCUAACGGACACGUUGUAAUAGCGACUGUAGCAUUUUUUUCUGGAAUGCUUGGAAUGUUCGAAUAG